AGCACAGCGCGGGGACACCGGCACGGGGACACCCGGGCGGCACCGAGACCCGCGGCAGGGGAGGCUCCUGAGGAUAGGACAGCGCUGGGAAGGGCAGAGGGGAGACAGCACAAAGGUGCUGGGGCACCCCCGGAGCCCCGGCUCGUGAAGGAGGAGCUGGGCUGUCCCCAAGCCCGCGGGGACAGAACCGGGACCCCUCUGGGAGCUGCCAUGGGGGGUCCCUGGCAGCCGCCCCGGCCCCGCUCGCUGCUGCUCCUGCUGCUCCUCCCCACGCUUCAGGUGCGAGGGACUCAUCCCGACUGCUCCAUCGUCCUCCACUUCCAGAAGCAAGAGGGGGAAUGUCUGGAGAGGAUCCAGAGUGAGAGCCAAGCCCCAGCCCUGCCUGGGCAGGAAGGCUGCCCGACCGAGUGGGACGGGGUGAGCUGCUGGCCCGCCCUGCCCCUUGGCCAGUCCCGAGCUGUCGCCUGUCCCGACAUCCUGAACAUCUUCAAGAAGUCUAAAGGGCUAGUCCAGAGGAACUGCACCAAGUGGGGCUGGAGCCUCCCCAGCCCCCCCUACCACAGCGCCUGCCAGCUGGAGACCCUCAGCAGCAGCAAUGACACCGAAGCCAAGAGAGGCCACUUUGUCACCAUGAAGGUGCUCUACACCUGCGGCUACUCCACGUCCAUGGCAGCGCUGCUCCUGGCCAUCGGCAUCUUCUCCUGCUUCAGGAAGCUGCACUGCACCAGGAAUUCCAUCCACAUCCACUUCUUCAGUUCCUUCAUCCUGCGGGGCACCGCUGUGUUCAUCAAGGACAGUGUCCUCUUCUCAGACCAGUCCAUCGACCACUGCACCAUGUCCACGGUGACCUGCAAGGCAGCCAUCACCUUCUUCCAAUACUCCGUGCUGGCCAACUUCUACUGGCUGCUGGUGGAGGGGCUGUACCUGCAGACAUUGCUGCUGCUCACCUUCACCUGCGACAGGAGCUACACCUGGGGCUACAUCCUCAUCGGCUGGGGUGUCCCCAUGGUCACAGUUGGGGUGUGGGUGCUCACCAGGCUCCAGUACGACAACCACGGGUGCUGGGAUGACUACUCCAGCCUGUACUGGUGGGUGAUCAAGGCUCCCAUUCUCCUGGCCAUAUUUGUGAACUUCCUCAUCUUCCUCAACGUCACCAGGAUGCUGGCACAGAAGAUCCGGUGCCCAGACCUCAGCAAAACCCACAAGCAGCAGUACAUGAGGCUGACCAAGUCCACGCUGCUCCUCAUCCCCCUCUUCGGGGUGCACUACGUGGUGUUUGCGCUCUUCCCCCGGCACGUGGGCGUGGACGCCCGGCUCUACUUUGAGCUGGUGCUCGGCUCCUACCAGGGCUUCCUGGUGGCUCUGCUCUACUGUUUCCUCAACGGGGAGGUGAGUGUUUCCCCCACCCCCUGCCCCCCCCAGACCCCUCCACUGGGUGCUGUCUGGUGUCCCUGGGUGCCAACACUGCCCGUGGUGUUGGUGCAGGUCCAGGCUGAGAUCAGGAGGAACUGGGGCAAGUGGCAAAGGUCCAUGGAGAGCAAUGUCUUCAACCUGGCCACGCAGGACUUCACAGCGUGA